CAAAGUUUAGGAAGAAAAUUGUCCCCGCAACAAGAGUGUUUCCCUUCCGCAAGGCCAGCCACAUCGCAACCAUGGCCGACACAAGAUCACGCUCGCGAUCACCGCGACGGUCCACCGAUCCGGAAUCUCGGCGUGAACGCUCAAGAAGUCCGAGGCGUGACGGCAACGACUCCGACUCGCGUGGUGCCAGUCGGCGAUCAAGGUCGCGGUCUCCACGACGCGAUGCGAAGAGCAAGUCCGAUUUCAGCAAGGCAUUCAAAUGGAAGAGCAAGGAUGGGGGCUCAAGAGCAGGUGGAGGCGCUGCGGACCGCGACGAGAGGGAAUACAGGCAGCGUGAUAUGGACAGCUACCGUCCACGGCGGUACGGAGGCAAGGACGACAGGGAACGAAAUAGCGAUCGCAACAGGGAGCGGGAACGCAGGGAGGGAGCAGACACGUCGAAAGUGAGCGAGAAAUUCGGCGGCACAAGCGUCAAAGAGAAGUUCGGCACCGGCAUCGGCGGCGGCGGCGACGCCGCGGCCCCCAAAGACGGCGCUGGCAAAGCCAAGCCAGCGUCCAAACCUGCUGUUGCUAAGACGAAGACGCCGAUGACCUACAUUCUCGUCACGGUGAACGACCGGCUGGGCACCAAGGCGACGAUCCCGUGUCUCCCCUCGGACACGGUCGGCGACUUCAAAAAGUUAGUCGCGGCGCAUAUUGGGCGGCAGCCGCACGAAAUCAUGCUCAAGAGGCAGGGCGAACGGCCGUUCAAAGACUUUAUCACGCUGGGUGACUACGGAGUGAGCAGUGGGGUGCAGUUGGAUCUGGAGCUGGACACGGGCGACUGAACCAGCACUGCGUCUGUUGUGAUGUUGGAAGGAUGGCACGGCUGCUGUCCGGGAGAUGGCGCUGUCGAUUGGGCUCUUGAAGUGCUCACCUGCUGUACAUUGUCUCAUGGUGGACGGGCGCAUGGAGUCCUGAAUGUAACAUGCAUGGUAAUCUGUCCCUACCGGGGAGCAUUUUAAGGUGAGCAUAACUCUGCAUUAAUUGGCAGGUUGGGCGUUAUCGCAGAGCGCAGCGCUGAUCUACACCUAAACUGAGGGACCAACGAAUGAGAACAAUGCGGACUUUGUCUGUCUUCAUUUUCAUUCUGCGACGCGCCAUGAUUCUAGGGCUAGCAAAGAGACUCUCAUAGCCAGUAACGUUACUGAUUUAGCGUCAACACGUCUGCUGUCUGGUUGUAGAUGGCAGCUUGGACGAGCGGCGUCAAAGGUUUUCUCAUUCUUCGUGCCGUCCGAUGAUCAAGCGCAGCUCAAAAGGUCGUCGAGUGUUGUGGCCUGCUAGAGUCAUCAGCCCAUGUCAAACAGUGAGCAAGGACGGUACCAGAUGUGUGUUGCUGAACAGCGAUUCGGUGCUGUCUCAGGGUGGCCAGCGCAACGAAGACGCCCACUAGUGCGACUAUCGUCCCAAGCACGCCGAAGACGACAUUUAUCUUUCCACCUACGUCGAGUCGAUCGUUGCCUACGGGUGGCAUUGUUGUGUCUGUCGGGUCGGGUGUCGCUCGUAAAGUUUGGUGGCACUUGCACGGACCUGUGGGCUGCAAUGCUCGAGAUCAACUGUAUUAGAUUGCUUGUAAAAUUUAUCUAUGGCAAAGAUGCUGGCCGAGCAGUUUAUGGAUUUUAAUAAUAUCUAAG